AUGAUUACAAGACCAUCAAAUAAUCAAACGUAUUGGGUUAGAUUUGGACCUCGUGAUAAUCAACUUGUUUCAUUAGAUAAAAUUAAACCAUUUAGUGAUAUUAAUUCAGUACAAUUAUCAACUGUAAAUACUUCUAAAAUAAAAAUUAGAAAACUUCCUAAAGAAACAAUUACUGAAUUACCUAAAUGGACAAAACCAAAACCUAAUGAUACUGAAAAAGAUUUAUUACUUAAAAGAAAAAAAAGGCAUCAAUUAAAAUCUCUUAUGAAACAACAAAAAGAAGAAGAAGAUUUAGAAACAAAAAAAAAUAGUUGGAAAGCAUUUGCAAGUAAAAUGAAAAAAUAG